ACUAAUGAACAUAAAUUGUUUUAUCACUCAGUGCUUUAUGUGAACUGAUAUAGUGAAGUGCUCUGUUUGAAUUUACAUCAAUAGAAGUUAAUGUAAAUCGACUCCAAAAUGAGUACCACGCAGCUGAAAGUUCCUGCCCCUAAGUUAGAGGACCGCCAUUUCACCAAGCCCUUACUGUGUGGUCCUGGACCUUGUGACUUGUGGCCUUCGGUGGCUGAGGCCCUUACCAGACCAGUUCUGUCACCGCUAUGUGACGAACAAUUCAAUGUUUUGGAUGAUAUACGAGCUGGUCUCCAAUAUGUGUUUCAAACUAACAGCAAGAUGGUGUUAGCUAUGAGUGGCUCUGGACACUCUGGCAUGGAAGCGGUAAUAUCCAACCUUGUGGGACCGAACGAGACCCUUCUUAUCGCCAGUAGAGGUAUCUGGGAUGAGAGGGCUCGGGAAAUAGCUACUAGAUACGGUAUUAAAACUGAAAUAUGCAGCGUACCACUGAAUACUACGUUCAGUUUGGAAAGCUUGAAAUCCUAUUUGGAGAAAAUACGACCCGCUGCUCUGUUUAUUACUCACGGGGAUUCCUCGACGGGCACCGUGCAGAAAAUCAAAGGGCUUGGAAAACUGUGUCACGAAUAUGGUACACUUCUACUGGUUGAUACCGUGGUGUCUCUUGGUGGAGAACCAUUCUUCAUGGAUGAGUGGGAAGUGGAUGGAGUGUACUCGUCUACGCAGAAGGUCCUCAGUGGACCGGCAGGCAUAUCUCCUAUAGCCUUUAGUGAGAGGGCUCAGAGGAAAAUACAAACAAGAACUUUUAAGCCACCUUUCUACUUUGAUGCGCAGUUGUUGGCUGAGCAAUGGAACUGCUUUGGUAAUACAAGAAAAUACCACCACACCAUGAGUCCUCCAUUGGUGUGGGCGCUAAGAUGCUGCCUGAUGGAAGUCAUCAAGGAGACCCUACCACGAAGCUGGGAACGACAUGCAGCAAACACGGCGCAUUUCCAGACGCGCAUACGACAACUGUCCUUGGAGUUCCUGGUCCCGAAGCCAGAGGAGCGAUUGGUUACAGUCACGACAGUGGUCUUGCCAAAUGGCUAUGACUAUUUGGAAUUUAUACAAUACAUGAGGAAACACUACAACAUUUUGAUAUUCGCUGGCCUGGGCCCAACAGUGGGCAAGUCCCUCCGUAUAGGCAUCAUGGGCGUCAACUCUAGCUUGUCUGUGGUCAACGCUGUUGCAGACGCCGUGGAAGCGACGCUCAGGGCUUUGAAGAGAUCAAAACUUUAAUAAAUUAACAUAACAAUAGAAUUGUAUAAGUGUAUGUCAUAAAGUACAGAUAUAUACUACAAGCAACAAAUAUUAAAUUAGGAUAUGGUUUAUAAUGUCUUUCAUAUUAUUAUUUUAUAUAAAAAAAUGUCUCAUUGAACGAUGA